AUGAUGGGCAGAGAUGGUGGUGUUAUGAAGGCGUGGGAAGCCACCGUUCGGAGGACGCACGCAGUAGCGAAAAAGCGCGCCCAUAGCAUAUUUGGGGCCUACACCUACUCUGAAUCGCAUGCAAAUGAAGAAGUUCUGAACGUCGAGGAAAAUGGAAACGAAGUCCAAUACGAAACGUACCACGCAGAGAAGGCUUUCCCCAAUGGGGAUUACUACAACGGUGAAUGCACGGAUAAUUUCACUCACGGCAUGGGCAAAUACUUGUGGACAGAUGGGUGCAUGUACGUGGGAGAAUGGUGUAAGGGCAAAACGAUGGGAAGAGGAACGUUCAGUUGGCCUUCAGGGGCUACAUAUGAAGGCCAAUUCACCAAUGGUUAUAUACACGGCACGGGUACGUACACAGGGUCCAAUGGGGACACCUACAAGGGAAAAUGGGUUAUGAAUUUGAAGCACGGUUAUGGCUUGAAAAACUUUGCGAAUGGCGAUUGUUAUGAAGGGGAAUGGCGACGAGGGAGUCCGAAUGGACAAGGGAGAUAUCAAUGGCAAAAUGGGAACCAUUAUAUCGGGGAGUGGAAGAAUGGUUCUAUUUGGGGAGAAGGGUCAUUCGUGUGGGCUAAUGGUAAUAGGUACGAUGGCUUGUGGGAAGAUGGUUUGCCUAAAGGGAAUGGCAGUUACAAGUGGUUUGAUGGUAGUUUUUAUGUCGGUAAUUGGAGCAAGGAUCCAAAUGACCAGCAUGGAACAUAUUAUCCUUCUGAGUCAACCCAGGAGGGCCAUUUUGAUUGGGAUCCCCAAUCGUUGUAUGAUGAGUUAAAUCAAUGCAAGAUAUGUCCUGGGGAGAAACUUUCGGUUCUGCCAUCUCAGAAGAAUCCUGCAGUUUGGAAGUCCAAUAAGGCUGGGAGAACAACGUCGGAUACGAGGGCAGGCGAAAAGGGAAGCGAUGUGGCGGUUUCACGGGAUUGUACUGCGGACGGUGAAGUUAGUGGUAAUGGAACUUCAGCUGCAGGCAAUGAUUUGUUAGAAGAAUUAUUGGGUUUGCGUGUAGAUGAUAUUAUUGAAGAUGGCGAGGUUCAACUCCAGGUUCUGAAAGUACCAAGGGCAACAAAGAGGCAGGGAGAGGCCAUAUCCCCAGGCCACAGAAGUUAUGAUCUCAUGCUUAAUUUACAAUUAGGGAUAAGGCAUUCCGUUGCAAGGCCUGGUCCCACGACAAAUUUUGAUCUGAGUCCUUCAGAUUUUGAUCCCAAGGAUAAAACAUGGACCAGAUUUCCGCCAGAGGGAUCCAAACAUACCCCACCACAUGGAUCUGCUGAGUUUAAAUGGAAGGACUAUUGCCCAGUUGUUUUUAGGACUUUAAGGAGUUUAUUCCAAGUUGAUGCAGCUGAAUACAUGUUAUCUAUAUGUGGAGACCAAGCUCUACGCGAACUUUCCUCUCCCGGGAAAAGUGGCAGCUUUUUUUACCUGACCAAUGAUGACCGCUACAUGAUUAAGACAAUUAAAAAAGCUGAAGCCAAAGUGCUCUUGAGAAUGCUUCCAGCUUAUUACAACCAUUUUCGAUCCUUUGAACAUACUUUACUCACUAGAUUUUAUGGCCUACAUUGUGUAAAGUUUGUCGGACCUGCCCAGAAGAAGGUUCGAUUUAUCAUUAUGGGGAACCUCUUCUGUACUGAAUAUGCCAUCCAUAGACGCUUUGAUUUGAAGGGUUCUUCUCUUGGCCGCAUAACAGAUAAGCCUGAGACAGAGAUUGACGCAAACACUAUUUUUAAAGAUCUCGAUCUUAAUUUUAUAUUUCGUUUGCACAAGUUUUGGUUUCGAGAAUUUACCAGGCAAGUUGAUAAGGACUGUGAGCUCUUGGAACAAGAGGGAAUUAUGGACUAUAGCCUGUUGGUGGGCAUUCAUUUCAAAGAUGUAUCAGAAGACGGGGACAUCCUUCCCAUGACUACAGGUUCUCAAACUCCUAGUGGAACUCCACAUAUUCCAAAAGCAGAUGUAGACCAACUUCUCUCAGACCCUUCCAGGUGGGAAGGUGCCAAAUUGGGUGCGAGUACGCCAGGAAGGGUUGAAAGGACAGUAAGAACUGGUAAAUGUGAAUUGCAACUUGUGGGAGAACCAAUUGGAGAGUUCUAUGAGGUUGUGUUGUUCUUUGGUGUUAUAGACAUACUUCAGGACUAUGACAUCAGCAAGAAGCUUGAGCAUGCCUACAAGUCCAUUCAGUAUGACUCAAUCUCCAUAUCCGCCGUUGAUCCUAGAUUAUACUCGAGGCGCUUCCGCGACUUCAUCUUUAGAAUAUUUUCCCAAGACUCUGGAGAGCCAUAG